AUGGCGGCGACAACGGCGGCGGUGGUGGCAGUGGCGGUGGUGGUGCUGGCGAUGGUGGCGGCGGGAGCGUUGGGGGAGAUUGUGGCGCCGAGGAACUACAGCAUAUCUUCGCCGCCGGUGUACAACUGGACGGCGCUGCCGGACCCGCUGAACCGACCGUACUACAUGCCUGAGCCGGUGGACGACUCGCACAAGUUGUACCGGUGCUGGGGGUACCUGGCGCGAGGGAAGGCGGUGCGCGAUAUGCGCAACUUCCUGGUGAACGGAACGGUGCCGUCAAGCAACACCUGCGACGGCGUGAAUCGGCUGCACCCCCACUGCUGGCCCGACAUGUUCAACAUCUUCUGGGAGGUCACCCCCCGCCGCAUCCACCGCCUCCGCAAGUUCUGCCUCCAGAACGGCACCCUUCCCCCCGCCGACCACUUCGACUUCGCCUAA